CGCAGGGCUGUGUUAACUUAACUUACAAAGCGAGUCAUGGGCGAAAUACUGCGUUAAACUAUUGCUAUUACAACAACAUACAACACUGUAAAGUUCGUACGAAGCUACACAGCUGUGGGAAGUGGAGAAAACCCGAACUGAAGAAGCUUCAAGGGUUUGUGAGCUGUGUGGGAAUGGGUUACAUUCCUUGCUGGUCCAAAUGGACAAUAAAGGGAGCGACGAGGUGGAAACAUUGAAGACAAAGUUCUUGUCUGUGUGGCACAAUGUGAAGUACAGUUGGGCUCUGAAAUCAAAGACCUCAUUCAGCAGAAACUCCCCAGUGCUUCUCCUCGGAAAAUGUUACCAUUUUAAGGCUGAAGAUGAUGACAGUGUUACAGAAGCCUGCUACGAAGCUUCCGAUGAGGACUUUGUCAUGGGGAACGUGGAGGCUUUCCGCAAGGAUUUUGCAUCCCGGUUGUGGCUCACCUACAGGGAGGAGUUCCCUCCUCUGCCCGGCUCUACCCUGACCUCCGACUGCGGCUGGGGCUGCAUGCUGAGAGCCGGGCAGAUGAUGCUGGCUCAGGCACUUAUUCUGCACUUCCUGGGCAGAGACUGGACCUGGUCGCAGGCGCUGGCGCUCCAGCCUUUAGACACAGAGACGUGGACUACCACUGCAGCAAAGCGUCUUGUGGCCUCUCUGGAGGCCUCUCUGCAAGGUUCCCCCAGGCCCUCUGAUCAUGGGACACCACCCAUGCAACCGGCCCAGUCCCAGGGAUCUGCAGAGGAGGCAGAUGCACAUUUAAAAGAGAUGUACCACCGAACUCUGGUGUCUUGGUUUGGGGACAGCCCCUCGUCUCAGUUGGGCCUCCACAGGCUGGUCCGCAUGGGCCUGACGAUGGGGAAACAGGCAGGGGACUGGUAUGGGCCUGCUGUGGUAGCACACAUUCUCAGGAAAGCUGUCGAGGAGGCGAUGGACCCUGGCUUGGCGGGUAUAACUGCUUAUGUCUCCCAGGACUGCACAGUGUACAGUGCUGAUGUCAUAGAUAGCCACAGGGCACCGAGAGGAGGGCAGACCCCUGCUGAGAGAUCAGACGCCCCGCCUUCUCCACAGAGCGGCCAACCAGUGUCCGCCUCCACCCUGUCAGACAGCCGAGCCGUCAUCAUCCUCAUCCCCGUGAGGCUGGGAGGGGAAAAGACAAACCCUGACUACUUUAACUUUGCAAAGAGCAUCCUGAGUCUGGACUACUGCAUCGGCAUCAUCGGAGGGAAGCCCAAACAGGCCUGCUACUUUGUAGGAUUUCAAGAUGACAGCUUGAUUUACAUGGACCCUCAUUACUGUCAGUCUUUUGUGGAUGUCAGCACCAGCGAUUUCCCUCUCCAGUCGUAUCAUUGCCCCUCACCAAAGAAGAUGCCUUUCAGCAAGAUGGACCCAAGCUGCACCAUAGGUUUCUACUCGAGAAGUGCACAAGACUAUGAGAGAAUCAACCAAGAGCUGUCUAAGGUGCUGCAGCCAUCAGCGAGGGAGAAAUACCCCGCGUUCACUUUCGUGCAAGGUCAUGGCAGAGAUUACAACCUGCCUGCAGGCCUGACCCCGGAGAAGAGAGAAUGGCCCUUCAUCCGUGACCCGCGGAGGACUGUCACCACUGCCGGGGACUUUGUGCUGCUUUGACGGCGCCAUUUAAAAGACUACUGACAGCCAUGGAAACUUCUUCUGUUAAUGAAUCAAACAAUUUGAUAUCCAAAGCCUCGCUUAUGAGCCUGAAGGUGAUGGAAUGUUGUUUUUUUUAAAUGACAGUAAUGUAGUCUAUGCGUCCUGGCAAACUUUGUUGCUGAGCAAUAUUUGCCAAUAUUCAUUCAAUAACUGGUUGGACUUGUAUUUGUUGCCUGGUAAUGUGGACUUACUUAACAUUUUGUCAGGACAUUUCUUUGGUGCUCUGCUUAAUUUAAUUACCUAAAUUGUUUUAUAUUGUCAUCUAAAGAAGAGGAGCAUUAAGGGUAACCCUGUUCAUUUAGCACCAUUAUUUGUGAUUUCAUGGACUUGGGACAAGCUGUCAAUAGAGACUACAUCAAUAUGUCAUAUUUUUGAAGAUUUGGUGUAGUUGUUUUUUGCACCUCAGAUUAUGUUGAAGGAGUCUCAACGGAAUUUGCUUACAGUGAUCGCAAGGUCCAGUUCAACACUCACGUCAAUGUGCUUUCAAGGCCAACAGUGUCAUAGAGUGUCAUAGCAACCAUGACUAGCAUCAGUGUAGGGAGCUUUUAAAAUCUUUUCACCUACAGCAUUUAGACAGUUUGAUGUGUUAGAUUUAUGCUUAGAAUAGUAUUACAAAGCCUUAAUUGAUAUGGGCCAAGGGCUCUCUGCAGAUUGAGCCAAAUAACUUUUCCAAAUUUUUCUGCCAAAAACA